AAAAUUAGCUGCCAAUGCAUAUUUUUCUUUGGUAUUAAUGGAAUCUUUGAAAUGAGUGGUAUGGGUUUUCUUCUUGCUUUAGCCCCUCAGUUGCAGCUGAAGGAAAAAAUCUGAUAUGAGUUCACACCAGGUUGAACUUCCAUCGAUAUCUGAAAAAAGGACAACAGUGGAGUCCAAAUCUGAUGUUCGUGUACAAGAAGAAGAUCCAAAGGAUCAAGACGAGCAUGAAGUUUCAGGGAAAGGGACAUGGAAACACGCAGCUUUUCAUGUUACGACCACCAUUGCUACCCCUGCCGCUUAUGCUCCUCUUCCUUUCGCUCUCGCCUCUCUCGGUUGGCCUCUUGGUGUGAGUAGCUUGGUGGCUGGAACAAUGGCCACCUGGUAUUCUAGCUUGUUAAUUUCCACUUUAUGGAGAUGGAAUGGAAAGAAACACGUCACUUACCGGCUUCUAGCAAAUAGCAUCUUUGGCCUCUGGGGUUACUAUUCUAUUGCUUUUUUUCAGCAAGUGGCUUCAAUCGGAAACAAUAUCGCCAUUCAAAUCGCCGCCGGCAGCAGCCUCAAGGCUGUUUACAAGCACUAUCAUAAGCAUGGCACACUCACCCUACAACAUUUUAUCAUUUUCUUUGGGGUUUUUGAACUUUUCCUGUCUCAGCUACCUGAUAUCCACUCUUUAAGGUGGGUGAAUGGGUUAUGCACUUUCAGCACAAUUGGCUUUGCCGGUACGACCAUUGGUGUCACAAUCUAUAACGGUAAAAAGAUCGAUAGGGAGUCGAUCAGUUACAGUUUGCAGGGAAGCUCAUCUGCAAAGAGAUUUGCAGCAUUCAACGCUCUUGGUACAAUUGCCUUUUCAUUUGGAGAUGCAAUGCUUCCCGAAAUACAGAAUACAGUGAGGGAACCUGCAGUAAAAAAUAUGUACAAAGGUGUAUCAGCAGCAUACAGUGUCAUUGUGUCAACAUACUGGCUGCUUGCUUGCAUUGGAUACUGGGCAUUUGGAUCACAAGUCCAGCCUUAUAUAGUGGCUUCAUUGACUGUCCCCAAAUGGACAAUUGUCAUGGCCAAUAUCUUUGCUGUGAUUCAAAUAUCAGGAUGCUAUCAGAUCUACUGCAGGCCGACCUAUGCCUAUUUGGAGGAAAGAUCGGUCUCGUCCGACACGACAAACAGUUCCGCUUCAGUGUUCCGAAAUCGACUCGUCCGACUAACUUUCACUUCCAUCUACAUUGUUGUUGUGACUCUGGUUGCUUCGGCUAUGCCAUUUUUUGUAGAUUUUGUGUCCAUUUGUGGUGCCAUUGGGUUCAUUCCCUUGGAUUUCGUGUUCCCUGUUUUAGCGUUCCUGAAGGCUGGGAAAAUGCCCAAAAACAGAGUACUUGGCUUCUCCAUGAGGGUGGUGAAUAUUGCAAUAGCCGCCUGGUUCUCGGUUGUGGCUGUUUUGGGUUGCAUCGGUGCAAUUAGAUUUGUGGUUGAAGACGUCAAGACGUACAAGUUCUUCCAUGACAUGUGAUAGCCCGUAUCUACACCAUCUUUCCAUGAAAGAUCAUGAUGACAUUUCAAAGCUCAGAUAUAUUGGUUUAGUUCCUAAACUAUCAAUACUUAUCUUUGUUAGACUAACACUAUCAGCCCCUAUAUAUUCGUAAUCAGUUAUUGCCUAAACUAUUAGAUUUGAUAUGUUUUAGUACUUAAAUUUUCAUUUUUUUAAAA